AUGUCAGGUAUAUCAGAACUUUCUGGGGUCACUAUUCUCUACGGCUCAGAAACGGGAAAUGCCCAAGAUUAUGCGCUAUUUUUGGCAAAGAGACUCAAAUAUUUCGGGUUGAAGCCAUCAGUUGUGUCAUUAGAUCAUUAUCCAUUGAAAAAUUUAGUAACCGAUACUAAGUAUUUGAUAGUGAUAUGCUCUACCACAGGACAAGGAGAGUUACCGAGAAAUUCGAAAAAGUUUAUGAAGUUCAUAUUAAAGAAGAAACUUCCGACCGAUCUUCUCAAUCAUAUAGAGUUGACAACCUUUGGGAUAGGAGAUUCGUCAUACCCUAAAUUUAAUUAUGCGAUAAAGAAAAUACAUGCCCGGUUGUUGCAGUUAGGAUGUUCUGAAUUGUGUACUAGAUGUGAAGCAGACGAACAAACUCCGGAAGGUGUUGACGGGUACUAUAGUGAAUGGGAGACGAAUCUACUUGAGGCUUUGAAAUCGAAAAUACAUGGUAUACCACUCACGUAUGAUGAAACAGUAUUACUUCCCGCAGAUAAUCCCGUUGAGGUCUCAAGUAAUGAGCUGGAUGUUCCUACUUCAAAUUCCCCCACUGAAUUAUCAUUAACUAGAAUGGGAGAUGGAUCAACAAAUUUAUUGUUGGGAUCUGUUAAAGCCAACAAACGGAUAACUAAAGAGGGCCAUUUUCAAGACGUCAGACAUUUAAUAAUUGAAGGGGAGAAUUUGCUGUAUAUUCCUGGUGAUACGCUUGCAUUAUAUCCGUCAAACGACAAUGAAAGUGUCGAAACUUUGAUUCAGCUGCAGCCACAUUGGAUUCCGAUUGCAGACAAGCCUUUAUUAAUACAUGGGGAGAUUCCUUUCGUUGAAGGUGGAUUAAUAGAUAAACUGAAGCUCACGCUUAGGUCGCUUAUUACUCAUCACUUAGAUAUCAUAUCGAUUCCUCGUAGGUCAUUUUUCAUGACCUUAGCGCAUUUUAGCGAUUCUACUACUGAAGAUGGAGAACGAGAACAAGAAAAAUUAAGAGAGUUCAGUAAGAUUGAAGAAAGCGAGGAAUUAUAUAACUAUGCAAACCGUCCUAGACGGCUGAUUUUAGAGACGAUAUUAGAGUUUCAGCAAAAUUUAACCAUUCCAGUUGAGUAUAUUUUGGAUUUAUUCCCAAUAAUUAAACCAAGACUCUUCCUGAUUGCAUCAAGGCCAAGUCCAAACCUGGUCGAAUUGAUUGUCGCCGUCGUUGUAUAUAAAACAAUUCUCAGGAGAGUUAGAAGGGGUUUGUGUACGAAGUGGAUAAAACUGUUACAAGAUAAUGAUAGGAUUGUGUUCUCAAUUCAUAAAUCAAACUUAAAAUUCGAACUCCCUACUACCAAAUAUCCGCCAAUUCUUAUGGUGUCACCUGGUACGGGCGUGGCUCCCAUGAAAUCGCUUAUAGAGCACAUAACUCUGUUGGGGAUACAACAACAUUUGUAUUUAUUUUAUGGCUGUCGUAAUAAAGAAAAUGAUUAUUUGUUCGGUGAUCUCUGGGCUUCUUUAAAGUCACAAAACAAGCUAUCCAUCUACCCUUGUUUUUCGAGAGAUCAGGAUUCCAAAAUCAAAUAUGUUCAGCAUAAAAUAUAUGAGCAGCAUGAAUUGGUAGGUGACUUGAUAUUGAAUCAAAAUGCAAUUGUGUUCAUUUGUGGGUCUAGUGGUGCUAUGCCUAGAGAAGUAAGGAUUACCCUAGUUGAGAUUUUAAUGAAAUUUGGAAAAAUGAAAGAUACCGAAGCUGAUGAUUAUUUAAUGGAUAUGGAAAAUGGAGGAAGAUACUUACAGGAAACUUGGUAA